AUGAGUCGGCGAAGGAAACAUGGGGACAGCCCUGGCUCGAAAAUCACGCCGCGCAAAACGGCCGCGGCGGCUGAGGAAUGGAGCCCGGUGGUCGAGCCGGGAAGGAGGCGGCUGAGGUCGGCCCGCGGCUCCGGGCUCCGCGGAGCUGGAGAGGGGCCUCCAGCAGCUGCUUCGUGCAGUAAAAGUAACCCCGACGAAAGGUAUGAAACACCAAAGAGAGUGCUGAAAAUGGAUUUAUCGUCUACCUUCAGUUCUCCUAAUGAUCCGGAUGGACAGAAUGAUAUCUUUUGGGAUCAAAAUUCUCCAAUGACAAAACAGUUAGGCAAAGGAAGAAAAAAACAGAUAUACACGACAGACAGUGAUGAGAUUUCACAUAUCGUUAAUCGUAUUGCUCCUCAGGAUGAAAAACCAACCACAAACUCCAUGCUGGGCAUGUGGAUUGGAGAAACUGCUAUUCCUUGUACUCCCAUAGUAACAAAAGGAAAAUCAAGAGGAAAAAUCAGCUGCACAAAGUUAAAAACACAAAAUCAAGAAGAAGAACUUAUGAAAUUGGCUAAACAAUUUGAUAAAAAUAUGGAAGAACUAGAUGUGAUUCAAGAGCAAAACAAGAGGAAUCAUGGUUUUAUCCAGACAGUUUCAGAAACAGAGACUUUAAAUAAUUAUACAGAUCAUGUACAGAUGCAGUCAUUAAGUGGUAUAGUUCCCAAAAUAGAUAAUGCUAUAAUAAAGAAGUCAAUGAAAGGAAACACCAAGAUAUCUGUGGUAAAUGAUCAAAAUAGCAGUCAGAAGCCAUUUGACCAAAAUGCUGAAGCAGCCUUUAUUGCUAUUUUUGAUGGUUCUACUCAGAAAUGUAGUGGACAGUUAAGUCAAGAUCUGUCAGGUGCUUUUUUAAACACCAGAAAUACUACCUUUGGAAAGAAAAAUCUUUUAAAAGAGGAGCAAAUCAUUACUAAUGAAACUCUGGUCACUGAAAAACUGUCAAAUAAAACUCCAGGAUCACUUUCUCCUCAAGUAGGUGCUCCCAUGACAACAAAAUCACAUGCGAUUUACAGUACUGAGGAGCCAGAAGCUUCUAAUAAGCACAUUGAUGCAUUUACUACCAGUGAUUUUGAAGAUGAUUGGGAAAACUUACUAGAUAAUGAGCCUUUGGUUAGGCAAAAUGUUGAAAUAGCUGAACUCUUCCCUUCUCAUAAAACAGCCCAGGUUACUAAUCAAAAGAAAAUCUGUACCUUUAAUAGUAAAAAUGAUACAAGUAAGUCAAGAAUGAAUGCAAGUCUAGAUGCCAGAUUAAGAGAUUCGAAAAUAUUACAAGAUCUUCCUUCAAAGACACAUAACAGAGAAUCAGUAAAUACUGGAGAAUAUGGAUUUUUGCCAAAUUCAAAUGAUAAAUUAAACAAAUUACUAUCCACAGGAAAUAAAAUGAAAUUUGAGAAAUCUUUCAAUAAAAUAGUUGUUCAAGACAAAAUACAAGAUUGUCCAGUUACAUCUAAUCUGACAACGGUAAAGGAAGAUAUUCAUACCAUAUUUAAUUCUAAUAUAAAUGCUUCUGAAAAAAAGUCUGCUUUGAACACAGGAUAUUCUGAUGAACAAAAAAAUAAGCCCAUUUUAAAUCAGUCUUUUAAAGUACCUGUUAAUAUUGAUCCUUUUGGCUCUGCAACUCUAGUCAAUGAAACCAGUAUUAGUAACCCACAUCAGACUAAUGCAUCAAAAUUAAGUUCUUUCUUUGAUGAUUGGAAUGAUCCAUUAUUUGCCAAUGAAAUUAUUAAAGCAUGUCAUCAAUUAGAGAGUACUUGGGAAGCGGAUGAUGUAGAUGAUGAUUUGUUGUACGAAGCAUGUGAUGAUAUUGAAAGACUAACUCAGCAACAAGACGUUGUAAAGGACAGCAAGACAUCAGAAAGUAUACAUGAAGUCAAUGAUAAUACCAAACAUGGAGCCAAAAACAUGUUUACUGUAUCUAAACAAGGAAUUCAGUUAGUGCAAUCAAAGCAUUUGAAUCUGGGCAGCAUUUCAGUGCAAACAUCUUCCUUGACAGAUAGCUCACAAAUAGAUAAAUCAAUGAAGAUGGAGAAGGGAAAAGUGUGUGGGAAUUCCCCAAGUUUUUUAGAUGCUACAACAAAUUUGACUAUGUGCUCUAAGAACUCAAAUUGUCAAAUCAAUAGUCUGCCUGUCUCUUGGAAUAACACUGAUGUUCCAGCACAAGUAAAUAAUUCCAAAUCCUUUCAUGCAGGAAGUUCAAAUUUGAAUAUGCGUUCAGAUCAUAUGAGCACUGAAAUUGCUACUUAUAAGAAGAAAUUAAGUACUCAGCAACUAUCCUGUAAGACUGUAAUGGAUGAAGCUCAUAGUGAUCUUGACAAAACAGAUAGAUUUUCAAAGUAUACGUUUGCAAAGAUGAAAAAUUCCCAAAUUCUUUUUCAAUUUAAUCAAAAUUGUAUAACAGGAAGUAUGUCUGGUACCAAAAUUAUACAGGAUUUGGAGAAAAAGAAAACUGUCAGCCCAUUUCUUGGGGAGGCUGUUCAGCAGCAAUCUUCAGUGAAACUUUAUGAAUCUUUGAAACAGUCUUCAAGAGAGGAAGAGGAGAAAAAUAGAAAGUAUUCCCCUGAAGAAAUUCAGAGAAAAAGACAAGAAGCACUGGUUCGAAGAAUGACAAAAGCACGGGCAUCAUCUGUAAAUACAGCUCCCACUUAAUUUCCGUAAUGAAAUAUUAGUUGGAAGACUUAACAGACUGUUGAUAACUAUCUAUGAUAGGAAAUUUUUUUUUCUUGAUUUCUCUGUGAGAAAUUUAAUGCUGACUUUUAAAGCAUGGACUUUACUUUAUUAAAUAAUAA